GCCAUCAAUUGGCAAGGCAACAUUUGAGUCAGAUAUUUUGUAUGCUUUUUUGAUGUAAAUGGGUGUUGAUCUGGAACAGCUCGCCAGUGAUGGAGAAGAAGAAGGAGAAAACAGGGAUUUCAGCCAAAUUGACAAACAGUCGACUGCCAAUCCGAGAAACGAGGUGGAAUUUGAAUUUGAAGAAGAAGGGGGUGAUGUGAAAGGACGCAAGCUGGUGGAUAGCUUCCCCUCUAGCCGGCUGGGUGAAGAACAAUCAGUGGAAGUAGUAGCUAACAGUUUUGACGGGUCUACGGAUGCUAGUGAAUUAGGAGGUAGAGUUGAGGCUGGUUUAUUUGAAAAUAGUCCACAAAAUGAGCUGUCUUCAAACCCUAUCGAGAUUUCAGCUAGCAAUAACUUGGGCCUACAGCAUAAGCCCAACUUAGAGGCCACAUGCCAAGACCGUGACAAUGAACAACAAGUGGGAGGGCAGAUAUGGGCUAACCAGACGAAUGAUACAACCAAAAGUAUGGAAAAUGAGUCCAGAAUUGAGCAAGAAUCUGUUCCGCAGCAUGAGCAACAGCAGCAGAUGCAAGAGAAAAAAGGGGAGUCGUUGGGAAAAAAUAGAGAGUUCUGGGCAGAUUUGCAAAGUGAGGAAGAAAGUGAAAAAGGGUGGAUGGCUGCAAGUAACAAAGAUCGAAAAAAAAGAAAAAAGAAGAGAGCAAAGUUGUGCAAAGCUGUGUAUCAAAAAGCAAGUCUUCAACGAAUUUUGAUGCAGAGAGAGAAGAACAGAUCUGCAGUAAAAGAGAAGAAAGCAUGGCGAGAAGAUAUCCCAAAGUUUCAGCCGGGCAUGAACAAUGAAGUUGCAAGGGGUUUUGUGGGAGAUAGUGGUAUACAGAAUCGAAAUAGAUUGUUGAAGGAACACCCAAGUCGCAGAAUUGCAGAGGAGCUGUGGGAUUUUGCUAGGAAAAUUGGGGUUGUUGCUGAAAAUGAGGAACAAAUCAUCAACAAGCUUGAUGAAAUGGAGGUGCGUGAUAGAAGAGCAAAGGAAGCGGAUUGCUCAAAAGAUCCAAAGAAGAAACAGAAGGUUAGUGAAACAGAAUUAUGAAUAUAUUGUCUUUUAACAUUAGAGGUUUGGGUGGUGCUGGUAAGAAGAGACAGUUAAGGGAUUUAGUGAGUAAAGAAAAAAUAGAUUUUUUG